AUGUAUCUGAGACGACAUUUCAUGGCAAUGACGUCUAAAGCACUGUUUGAUACUAAGGUUCUAAAAGUCAAUCCGCGAUCAAUCAUUUUCUCCCCGACUGCACAUAUAGAUGGAUCCUUACCAAUUAUAACUGAUCCUGAAACAGAAGCUGCUUUAGUGGAGGCAGCAAGGAUAAUAAAGGAUACAGAUGAAACUGUGGCUUUUCCGACGGAGACCGUUUAUGGGCUUGGAGGAUCUGCUUUAAAUGAUAAUUCAGUGCUUAGUAUAUACAAGGCCAAGAAUAGACCUAGUGACAAUCCGUUGAUUACACACGUUUCAUCUGUGGACCAACUAAAUAGAAAGAUCUUCGACCAAAUGCACCUGUCGGGUGCAUCUUUGUUUGAUAACAUACCUUCAAUUUAUCGCCCAUUAAUUUCAAGUCUUUGGCCUGGUCCAUUAACUAUUCUUUUGCCAGUACCAUCAUCAGAUCAUAGUAAGUUAUCGAAGUUAACAACAGCAGAUCAACCCACAUUUGCAGUACGCAUACCUGCUAACCCAGUUGCUAGAGCAUUAAUUGCUUUAAGUGAUACACCAAUAGCUGCGCCGUCCGCAAAUGCGUCCACUAGGCCAUCUCCUACGUUAGCAUCUCAUGUUUAUCACGAUUUGAAGAAUAAGAUCCCUAUGAUUCUUGAUGGUGGAGCAUGCAAAGUUGGUGUAGAAAGUACUGUUGUCGAUGGACUAUGUAAUCCUCCCAUGUUACUGCGACCUGGUGGUUUUACAUAUGAGGAAAUUAUCAAAUUGGGUGGUGAAGCGUGGUCUCUUUGUAAGGUUGAAAAUAAAGGAGCAGUCGAAAAAGGUGAAAAGGUGAGAACUCCUGGUAUGAAGUAUAGACACUAUUCUCCUUCUGCUCAGGUUAUUUUAUUAGUCCCUAAUUGCAAAGACAAUACUAUUCAAAAUACAGAGAAUCGGAUGGAACAGUUGAACCGGUUAGUUAAAACGGAACUAAAAGCCAAUAAAAACAUAGAAAAAAUUGCGAUACUAACUUCCCUAAAAUUGCGGAAUUCCGAUUUACAAUGUAAAAUCUUCAAUGAUCCUGAUCUUUGCUCGAAAACUUUUAUCAUUGAAAAACUUGGCCAUACAGGUGAAGAAAUACAAGCUAACUUGUUCGCUGCUUUGAGGAAAGUGGAUGAAAAUGAUAACGUUGACCUGAUAUUUGUUGAAGGUAUAAAUGAGGAAGGGGAAGGAUUAGCUAUUAUGAACAGAUUACGAAAAGCGGCCGGUAAUCACUGUAUACAGUUUUAA